AUGCAUCGACCCAACGAGGAAAAAAGGGUGUUCAUCACCCCCGACGGAACGUACUGCUACACCGUCAUGCCUUUCGGCUUGAAGAACGCCGGAGCCGCCUACCAAUGGCUCGUCAACAAAAUAUUCCAGAACCUAUCCGAAAUAAAACUAGAAGUCUACAUAGACGACAUGCUCGCCAAAACCGACUCCGGCAAACAACUUAUCAGCGACCUCAAGGUCAUAAUGAGCACCCUACGAAAGCACCAAAUGCGACUCAACCCGACAAAAUGCGCUUUCGGAAUGGAGGCAGGGAAGUUCCUCGACUUCAUGAUCACACAACGCGGAGUUGAAGCCAACCCAGAGAAAUGCCGCGCCGUCCUUGAGAUGACAAGCCCAAAAAAUAUAAACGACAUCCAGAAGCUCACCGGCCAACUAACUGCACUAUCUCGCUUUCUCGGAGCAUCGGCUCAAAAAGCAAUCCCCUUCUUCAGACUGAUGAAGAAAGGAGCCCCCUUCAAAUGGGAGGCAAAAUGCGAAGAAGCGUUCCAACAUUUCAAGAAAGUCCUAGCGGAACCACCAGUCCUCGCCAAACCCCAAACAGGGGAGACCCUCUACUUAUACCUCUCCAUAACGGAAGAAGCACUCGCGGUGGCACUCAUCCGAGAAAACGAGAAGAAAGAGAAAAAACCCAUAUAUUUCAUAAGCAAAGUCCUACAAGACACGGAAACCCACUACUCGCGCCUAGAAAAACUAGCCUUCGCCCUCCUCACUGCUUCCCGAUGUUUGCGGCAAUAUUUUCAGGCCCACCCCGUGACAAUUCGAACCAACCAAGCAGUUAAACAAGUACUACAAAAAUCUGACCUAGCGGGUAGAAUGCUAGCAUGGUCCAUCGAACUGUCCCAAUUCGACAUCAAGUUCGAACCCCGAUACGCAAUCAAAGCACAAGUCAUGGCCGACUUCAUCGCCGAGAUGACGCCGGGAAACUCCACCCUCGAGUCGUGGAAACUACACGUUGACGGCUCCUCGAACGUCACUUCCGGAGGUGCCGGAGUCAUUCUCGAAAGUCAAAACGGAGUCGUGAUCGAACAGUCGGUACAAUACGAAUUCCCAUUCUCAAAUAACCAAGCAGAAUAUGAGGCCCUCCUGGCAGGUUUAGCCCUAGCCAAAGAAGUCAGAGCAAAGGUCCUGGAAAUAAAUAUGGAUUCGCAAGUAGUUAGUUCUCAAAUUAACGGAGACUACCAAACGCGAGAUCCCCUGCUACAACAAUACCUUGCCAAAGUCAACAAACUAAAGGAAGAAUUCCACCAGGUAACCAUACGGCACGUCCCCAGGGAACGAAAUACCAGGGCCGACCUCCUCUCUAAACUAGCCAGCACUAAACCAGGACACGGCAACAAAUCGCUAAUUCAGGAAGUCAUCAAAUCACCAUCCAUAUCCACAAUGGCUAACGCCUAUCUGACACUCUCCCACCGUGGAUCAUGGACCUACCCCAUCCUACAAUAUCUCCUCAACGGAACACUGCCCGAAGACCCCAAAGAGGAAAAACGAACAAAGAGGGAAGCCGCCAACUAUACGGUCGUCGCAGGACAACAAUACAAACGCGGCUUCUCGCAACCCCUGCUCAAAUGCGUCGAGCACGGGGACACAGAGUACAUACUCCGCGAAAUCCAUGAAGGUUGUUGCGGCCACCACGUCGGAGGCAAAACCCUUGCCCAAAAAGUCAUCCGCGCCAGUUACUUCUGGCCCUCGGUUAUCCGGGAUUCCAUCUCUGUAGAACACCCCCAAACAAACGGACAGGUGGAAUCAGCAAACAUAAUAAUAGUCAAAGGUCUUAAGAAACGACUCGACGAAGCCAAAGGGCUAUGGGCGGACGAGCUUGGAUCGGUCUUAUGGUCGUACCGCACGACCCCCCAAACAGCUACCGAGGAAACCCCCUUCCGAUUAACAUACGGCACGGAGGCUGUUAUCCCAGUAGAGAUCGGAGACCCAAAUCCACGGAGAACGAUCGGGGGUAACGACGAAGAAGCAGAACGAGACCUCACCGACGAAGUAAGAAACAUAGCCCAUCUCAAAGAGCUAGCCCUAAAACAGAGAAUCAGCCUAAGAUACAACCACGGAGUCAUUCGGCGAGAAUUCGCGACUGCCGACCUUGUCCUACGACGAAAUGACAUCGGUCCCCCAACCCCAGGAGAGGGGAAACUCACCCCCAACUGGGAGGGACCAUACAGAAUCAAGGCUGCAAUUGGAAAGGGAGCAUACAAGCUCGAACGACUUAACGGCGACGAAAUCCCGAGAACAUGGAACACCACCAACUUAUGGCGAUACUACACUUAG